CGCAUGUGUCAAGUCAACGCCGUGACGGCCAGUGUCAGCCGUGUCAAUAUAAGAGACAGUCUUCCGUAGAAAGGUUAUCCGCUGAACUGUCCUCCAGUCUCGUCUUUGAUAUAGGCACUGACAAGCCUUAUAAAAAUUGCCUCCAAGAUGGACUAUGAUUACUUGAUCAAAUUUCUGGCUCUUGGUGACUCAGGUGUAGGAAAAACUAGCUUUUUGUACCAAUAUACAGAUGGAUCGUUCAACUCAAGAUUUAUAUCCACUGUAGGGAUUGAUUUCAGAGAAAAACGACUGAUUUACCAGUCUAAAGGCAGAAAAUAUAAGAUACAUUUACAACUAUGGGACACAGCUGGGCAAGAAAGAUUCCGCAGCUUAACAACAGCAUUCUAUAGAGAUGCAAUGGGAUUCUUGCUCCUUUUUGAUCUAACAAAUGAGCAAUCAUUUCUUGAAAUUCGUAAUUGGAUUGAACAGCUGAGGAUUCAUGCAUAUUGUGAAACACCUGAUAUAAUUUUGUGUGGGAACAAGGUUGAUAUGGAAGAUAAACGCAUUGUGGCUGAAUGGAGGGCUAGAGAAUUUGCAGAGAAACAUGGGCUUCCAUACCUCGAGACCAGCGCAGCAACUGGUCAGAACGUGACCAGAGCCAUUGAUAUUUUACUAGAACGAGUCAUGAUCAGAAUGGAGACUGCAGUAGACAGAUCAAUGCUUCCAGGCAGAAGAGGUAGACCCAAAGACCUGAAUGAUCCUGAUCUCAAUACUCAAGAGCAAAAUAAUUGUACAGCAUGCUGAUGUUGUCGAGUACAGUAAUUUCCUGUUGAUUUUUCGACCAGUAUUAUGUUUAUUAUAGUUUAGUGCAUUUUGCAAAAUGGUUAGUGAAAAUGAUCUUGGAUGAUUGUUGUGUGUAUAUGUUAAAUAUUUUUAGUAUCAUGAUGUUACGAUUUAUUGUGGAUAAUUUGGAGUGUUCAAAUUGUUUGCAACAUUUAUCUUGAGUAGCACAGAAAAUCCAUAUAAGUAUUUUUAAAACAAUGUGAUCUUUAAAAAAGAUUGAUUGCACAAAAUUACAAAGACAAAUAAGUUCGAAGCACCGAUUUUGGCGGUUACAUAUCAGUAUCAUAUGUAUAAAUAAACAGAUCGCCUAACUGCAUCAUCUGCGGAGCUUAUCACAGCUGCAACUCGCUCUUGCACACAUAAAAUGAGUAUAGAUGGCUGUUGUUUUUAUUCACUUUGUGGAAUUAGCACCUUGUCGACUUUGUCCACCACUUGUAUUUCUUGGCAUUGUUGUAUUUUAUACCUUAAGGCGGCUCCGACGCAGUGAGUUUCAGUCCAUUUACAAGGGUUUAGCUGCUUCGGAAUUGACGCUCUAUUUUUCUAUAUAUUUGAAUAAAAUUUUUACAGUAUGUUCAGAAGAUAUUUGUCCAGGGUGCUAUAGAGCCACUUUUCUAAAAAAAAAAUUUGUUCAAGAGUUAUGGUUGGUGGAAGUGCAGAUAAUUGUUGUUCGACUUCUCGAUUUUUUUAAAAAUAACCCAGAG